CUUACACCAAUAACCUACACCAACAACCUACACCAACAACCUACAUCAAUAACCUACACCAACAAUCUACACCAAUAACCUACACCAACAACCUACACCAACAACCUACACCAACAACCUACACCAAUAACCUACACCAACAACGUACACCAACAACCUACGCCAAUAACCUACACCAACAACCUACACCAACAAUCUACACCAACAGCCUACGCCAACAGCUUACACCAAUAACCUACACCAACAGCUUACACCAACAACCUACACCAACAACCUACACCAACAGUCUACACCAACAAUCUACACCAACAACCUACGCCAAUAACCUACACCAACAACCUACACCAACAAUCUACACCAACAGCCUACGCCAACAGCUUACACCAAUAACCUACACCAACAACCUACACCAACAACCUACACCAACAACCUACACCAACAACCCAAACAAACCAUCUGGGCUCAGCGCCCAUAUAAUUUUCUAG